GAUCAGUGUACGUACUAGAGAAUAUUAGUUGACUACAUCAUUAGAAUUUGUUUAAGACUGAAAACCGUCCAGGGAAUUAAACCCAUUUUGCUCUAAACCUUUUUCUUGCCAAAAUGGUAGGCCCUUCCUCCCAAAUUAGUAAGCUAUUGCUUAGUUUGUUGGUGUUACUGAUAGUAUUUUACGUAUAUAUGGACUAUAAUUUAUAUAUACGUAUACAAAAUUACCCUCUUAAGAGAACAUCCAACGAUAACGAAUCAUCGUACAGUUCGGAGACGUGGUUUGGAUGCGAGUAUUCGCCGUUAUGUACAGUCACCGUGAAGGCGGUUCUGCUGGACCAGACCAAUUUGUAUCUUUUCGCGCCCCUCGUACAUUUCGCGGACCACGCGUUAGGCAUAUCGGACAUAACAUGGAUUACGCCGAACAAAAUCAGUAUAUUCCACGUGUUCGUUGCGAUAUUGAGCGCGAAAUGUGUAGCCAGCAACAAUCUUGCCUAUCGUAGAAUCGGUGUCGUGCUGUUCGAGUUCAGGACAUUCUUGGACGACGUCGACGGUCAUGUGGCGCGCGUGAGGAAACACAUCAAAGGAGAGUUGUCGGAGAUCGGUACUGCGGGUUACUAUGUGGACGGUCUGUGCGACGCGUUGGGUUGCACGGCCUUCAUGAUCGGCGUUUUCAUCUUCCUAAAGAACAAUCCGCCUCGAAGGGGCUACAUGCAACUGCCCACCACUAGUGACACCAAACAGAGUUGUAAUAUUGUUUACAAAGCGAAAGUCACUAUUAAAAAGGUCGCACGGAAGGUCUGUUUCUUCUCGACGCAAAUGAUAAUAAGCUCGACGGCAUGGAAUCGUUACAUAGCUUUGUAUCAGGACAUGAUGGAACGCACCAACGUUCCCAUUGAGGAAUCAAUCAAACAGGAUAUCGUUUUCAGGAGUUCGUUCUUCUUUACGGUGUCGUUAAUUUGGAGAAUACUGAAUGUACAUAAUCUCAUGCAUUGUCUUUUACUCAUGAUAUUUUGUGAUAAGCUGUGGGAGUUUCUGAGGAACAUCGAGUACAUCGGCCUCGGUUUGUUACUGUCCGCUAUCUGUGUCACUGAAAUUCAUAUUAUCGAUGCGAAAAAUUUUAUUUAUCACAAGCUCACUGGUGAAGGAGCAAUUUAGUUGGAAGAAUAUUCGUAUACAAGGUGCUGAUAAUGUAAUUUAAUUCCUUUUAAAAUACAUUUACAGCACAUUGCAUAUAGAAAAUUGUUCACUAACAAUGCCUCAAUCAUUGCCGAAGUAACUUAUACUACAUUAGCCGUUCAUUGAGAAAAAUAGUAUUAACAUAUUAACUAAAAUGUAUUAUUUUCCAAGUUUCAAGAGUAAUUUUAUUUUAUUUAUUGGGAAAAAUGAGUAAUUAUACAGUUAUUAUUUAUUCUGCGAAUUUGUUCAUAUAUUUUUAUAGCGUGAUGUGAUAUUUCAGAUAAACCACAAAUAUUUACUAAAUAUGUACAUAAUAUUAUCGUUGGCAUUCAAAGUAAGUGGUGCUUUGUUAUUACUUUAGAUGGAAAAUAGGCUCUAAAAAUAACUGCGUGAAGGAAGGUUAUUUCAUUAUUCAUCAAAACUUAGUAUUUAAUGAUUAAUUUCUUAGAAAAUCAGAGUUUUAAUUGCUUUCAGAAAAGCUAACUUUAAUGUUCCAUGUCACCAAAAUUAUUUCUAUCAGCACUUAAAUAGGCAUAAUAUUGGAAGCUGGAAUGCAUUAUUAUUUAUCAUUAACUUGUAAUGGAUCUGUGAUAUAUUUUUAACGACUAAAAGUGUACAUGAACAAGCGAAUUAAAACAUUGCAGACGUUGCCUAAUUUAGACUAGUAUUGAAUUGCGUUAAAUAUAACUAAUUUCAAAAACACAGUUUAAACAUCCACCAUUCAUCAUCACUUAGCCUUGAAAAAUCUACACAACAAAUAUUUGUUUAAUGUUCAAAACUUCAGAUAAUAUUAUCUGGAUGACUGAAACAACAAUUCCUGAGAAAAAUCAGACAUGCAUGAACAUAUAUAAAUUUGAAUAUAUAUUUACGUACAUUUUUGGAAUUACCUAGGAUUUUGGUCUUUAAUGAAUUCUACGCAGUUGCUAUUAUCUCUUACAUGUACUAUCACCAUGUAAAUUUUGUGACUCUUUACCACAAUCUAACUACGAAAUCAUACAAGAAAAUACAUGUUUAUAUAUGUUCAUACACAUGUAUUACUUCUUGGGUUAUCUAGGUGUUUUAAAAAUCAAUACCAAUGAAAUUUCUUUCGUUAUAGCCUUAUUCAUUUAUCUUAAUAUACGUACAUUUAUUACGUUGAACUGAAUAUUUAAACUAAUUUAAUGACAUUACUUUCGUGACAAUCAGUGUACAUAUAAGAAUUUUUUAUUUAUUUGUAUAUAAUCAUUUAUUCCUGAACGCCUUCCCUAAAUCUAACAGAUAUUUGUAAUUUAUAGAUUUAACAUUACUUUAUUUUCUAGUCUUUUUUGUUACUUUAAUUGAUUAUCUAAGGUGCGAGUACUGAAAAAGUUAACGAGGGUUAUUUAAAUCUAUUUUAAGUAAUUUCCAUUGCCACAAUUUUAACAACAUGACUAACAUGAAUUUACAAUAAUUUUUAACCGCAUUGUUUUAAGCUGAUAAUUAAACGUUAUUUAAUUAACAAAACCGUGUCAAAUUAAUGAAAUAACCCUAAUUUGUCGCUAUAAUUUCUUUUAAUCAAAUAAUUCGUGGUAAAUCUUUAUGAUUGACACCAAAUCUAUAUAUGCAACGAACAAUGUGAUUGUUUAACAAUCUAAAGGUGCAAAAAAUAUAUAAAUAUUUAUAUAUGCAUGAGUGUUUAAUUAUCAGUGGCCGUACUUUAAAAUUGUAAUUUAACUAAUAUCUACAUGAAUUUAUAAAUUCAUGUAGAUAUUAGUAAAUUCAUGUAUCCAUCGAUCGUCAUAACGCUUGCUGGUUAAUGGGUUCAACUUGCUUUCUUUAGUUUUAAUUUAUUGAUUACAUUAUUUAUAAGAAUUUUUAAUGUUAUGUAUUAUUAAAUUGGUUUUUUUAUUGGACAAUUUGUUAGUAUUUUAUACACGAUGAAUUUCGAUCAGAACUCCUCAGAAAUAUGUUGCCCCAUAUGGAUUAAUUCAAUGUUAAAUCCAAAUUCUUCACAAUUAACUAGUCAUUGAGUUUUGAUUGAAAUUCACUUUAUGCAUAAUUUAAUUAUUAACGUAUGUAAAUUAAUAAGUGAUUUGUAUUUACUUUAUAUUAUUAUACUCCUAGGUUGUGUUUUUGACUAUUUUGUGUUUACAGUCAGACUCUUCUGAUAAUGAGCAAAUAAAUACAUGUGCUUUUUUAACCAUAA